ACAGUGCCCAAGAAUAGAAGACCGAGGUUUGAUCUCACAUUAAAUAUUAUCGACCUCAACAACGUACCCUUAGUCUGCGGUACAUCAUAUGUGAAAUGGCACCUGCCAUCAUCAACAGCUGCAGAGCAUCGCGGUCAUACCGAUCGCGCUGUUAUUCAAGACCAUCGGGCAUCGUGGGAAUACGAGAAAGUUCUACCGGUCAAACUCACCAUAGAUCGCAACCACAUGCUCCAAGAAUGCGAUAUCUCGUUUGAAAUAUUUCAAGAAUUUUCGUCCGGAAGUCGCGGUGACCGCAUGACUCUAGGGAAUAUCAAGAUCAACCUUGCUGAAUAUGUUGAUAAAACUGGUGAUGAUGGCCAGGGUGUCGUCAGACGGUAUCUGAUGCAAGACAGCAAGAUCAACAGUACUCUCAGAGUAGGGAUCAUGAUGAAUCAGAUCGAUGGAGACAAAAACUUUAUAUCCCCGCCUUUGAAAACGGCCAUGGUGUUUGGAGGGAUCGCUGGUAUUCUACCGCCAGAGCAUGGAGAUGCCGAAGAGCCCGGGGACUUGCCAUCAAUAAACGUCAGUCGAGAGGCUGGUGAUCUCCAAGAUAUGUAUCGUCGAACCUUGGCAGCCUCAUGGACCUGCCAUGGAGACGAGCUUUUACCGGACCAAUUGGUCGAGGAUAUUUUUGCCGGUGGACUUGGUUACCCAUCAACAGGAUCAAGUGCCCGUUCAGACCGGAUAGAUGAUUACGAUGACAGCAUCAGCGACUCUGGGUCUCGUACAACCCUUCAAGACAGUGGACUAUUGCCGAAUCCCGAGAAAAGACCAAAGAGUUCUCUUAGCAAUUACUCCAGAAAUGAAGCCAAGGAUUCGGAUAGCACUUUGAACGGCAGCACUAUAGGCGGACGAGGAAGUCUUGAGAGUUCUUUCCAAGAAGCCAAGGAGAGAAGAUGGCGAAAUCCUCGGGGCAUUCAUGAGAUAUCCGAAUUUGACGUUCGAGAUGAUCUAAGGACGUGGGAGAUCACCGUAAACGAUUGA